AUGCCAGAUACACCAGCUGUGAAAACUCUGGAUGCAGUGUGCAACAAUCCAGCAGCAUGCACCAUUGCUGUUGCCCUGAGAUACUUGCCUGGUCAGCCAUUGAACUUCAAAGCGGAACCUGAGUCUGAAACGAGCAUAUUACUUUCCUGGACACCUCCACGCUCUGAUACCAUUUCCAGCUAUGAGCUGGUUUACAAAGAUGGGGAGCAUGGGGAGGAGCAACGAGUUUCCACUGAACCUGCUACAUCUUAUCGCCUGCAAGGCUUAAAGCCAAACAGCUUGUACUUAUUCCGUCUAGCUGCACGUUCUCCUCAAGGCCUGGGUGCUUCAACAGCAGAAAUCUCAGCAAGAACCAUGCAGUCAAAGCCAUCAGCUCCUCCUCAAGACAUUAGUUGCACAAGCCCCAGCUCCACUAGCAUUUUGGUAAGUUGGAAACCUCCACCGGUGGAAAAACAGAACGGCAUUAUCACUGCAUACUCCAUCAAGUACAUUGGAAUUGAUGGAGAAGAUGUCAAGCCCCAUGAAAUUUUGGGAAUUUCCUCGGACAAUACCCAAUACCUUUUGGAACAUCUGGAAAAAUGGACUGAGUACCGGAUCUCUGUGACUGCCCACACUGAUGUUGGACCUGGCCCAGAGAGCUUAGCAGUAUUGAUUCGGACAGAUGAAGAUGUUCCUAGUGGUCCUCCUCGCAAAGUCGAGGUAGAGGCUGUCAACUCUACUGCUGUUAAAGUGUCAUGGCGCUCGCCUGUGCCCAAUAAGCAGCAUGGUCAGAUCCGAGGAUACCAGGUCCACUACGUGAGGAUGGAAAACGGAGAGCCAAAGGGUCAGCCCAUGCUGAAGGACAUUAUGCUGGCUGAUGCACAGGAAAUGAUAAUUUCUGGGCUUCAGCCUGAAACUACAUACUCUUUCACUGUGACAGCCUAUACAACAAAAGGUGAUGGAGCACGCAGCAAGCCCAAACUCAUAUCUACUACUGGUGCAG